UGCGCUUUUCACCCCAGCUCUUUAUCACCACUCGAACUAGCGCGCGCACACCGGAAGCGCCUUCUCGCUUCUUCUGUGCUCUCCCUUUUCAAGUUGAAAGCCCGACCAGAAGACAGAAGUCGCGGGAGGGCGUAACAACAGAUUGGAGAGGUUCCAAUGGCUUCCACUGCCCCCACAAGCGUGUGCCCCAUCGCGCCGCGGCUCGCGGUGGCUACAUCCGGCUCCGGGCGGUCGUUGUUGUCGUCGGCGAGCUAUCGCGCCGUCAGGUGCUGGAGCGCGAGGAGGGGGAGAUGGCGGAGGUGGGCGGGGUUGAGGGCGAGGUGCGCGGCGGGCGGCCAGUCCGCCGUGAAGCCCGGGUCGGAGAGCGCCGAGGAGGGGGCGGCGUCGGUCGGGGAGGAGGACCGCCCGCGCCCACAGUUCGACCUCAACCUCGCCGUCGUGCUAGCCGGCUUCGCCUUCGAGGCCUACAGCAGCCCACCAGUAGAUGCGGGCUGGCGCGAGACCGAUGCAGCUGAAUGUCAGACAGUGUUCCUAUCCAAUGUAUUUCUCCAUGAAGUGUAUGAUGGACAACUGGUUGUGAGGCUGAAGAAAGGCACGAGUCUUCCUGCAAUGGAUCCGUGGGGUACAAGUGAUCCUUAUGUAGUUCUACAACUAAAUGGUCAAACUACAAAGAGCAAUAUUAAAUGGGCGACGAAGGAGCCAACAUGGAACGAGGAUUUCACAUUUAACAUUAGGAAAUCUCAAGAAAAUCUACUACAGGUCGAGGCUUGGGAUGCAAACCUUGUCACCCCACACAAACGAAUGGGAAAUGCUGGACUGUACCUUGAAACACUUUGCGACGGAGAUAAGCAUGAUGCUACUGUUGAACUAGAAGGCCUUGGUGGUGGUGGAACUAUUGAUUUAGAGGUUAGAUACAAGAGUUAUGAUGACAUUGAACGUGAAAAACAAUGGUGGAGGAUGCCCUUUGUGUCUGACUUUCUUGCAAAGAGCAGCCUAGGAUCUGCUCUCAGAACAGUCCUUGGAUCUGAAACUGUAAAUGCAAGUCAGUUUGUGCGCUCUGCAUUUGGCCAACUAAGUUCUUUCACUUACACGAACCUUCCAAAGCCAUUGUCUUCCGAUAUUAAAGUUGAGGUUUCUGAAAGGCCUGAAGAAACCCUGGAUAAGUCUGAUGGAUCAAAUGAACUUCAACAGCAGAAGAUUGAUUCAAAAGCUUCUGGAGACAACUCAGAUUCUCAGAGUGAAGUUGAAUAUACUGCCUCAAUUGUUAACAGCGAAGCAAACACUUUGCCCGAUAUGAGUGAACCUGAUGAAUACUCCUGGAGUGCUUUCACCAACACACUCAACCAAAAUGUUCUCCAAAACUUCGGAAUUUCUCUUCCUGAGGCUAAGCAAUUGGAUGGAUUUGACCUAUUAACUUCACUUGGUUCAAAAUCACGUGAAAUUGCUGAACAGGUAUAUCUAGAAUCGGGACUGGCAACAACAGAUACAUCAACCAGUGAUGACAGUGAAACAACUGCUGAACAUGCAACCUGUUUUGGAGACGAAGAUAGUACAAUGCCAACGAAAGAGGUGGUGCAGGCUUCCUUUCCUGACAUUAACGAAGUAUCUCGGGAUGUAUUGUCUCAAACAGAGAAUAUAUUAGGAGCUUUGGUGAUCCUCUCUAAGAACUUCUCGCCACAAGAAAAAGGGUCAGUAAUCACAGAUGAAGCAAACAGGAAAGAUGAUUCGAUCAGAGAAGAUCAAGGUGCUGCGAAUUCCAUUGAUAAUGAUGGAUGCAACAAUGGUGCUGUUGCAUCCACCGAAAAGUCUACUGAUGCACAGAACACAGAUGACACAAGGCAAUUGUUUGCAAGUGCGGAGACUGCGGUUGAGGCAUGGGCCAUGCUUGCCACUUCAAUGGGGCGAAGCAGUUUUAUACAAUCAGACUUCGAGAAGAUAUGCUUUCUUGACAAUGUUUCAACAGACACACAAGUUGCCAUUUGGCGUGAUUCUUCACGAAGAAGGCUAGUUGUCGCCUUUCGAGGAACUGAGCAAACAAGGUGGAAGGAUUUGAUAACCGACUUAAUGCUUGUGCCUGCUGGACUAAACCCUGAGAGGUUGGGUGGCGACUUCAAAGAAGAAGUUCAAGUUCACAGUGGAUUCUUAAGUGCAUAUGAUUCUGUUAGGAAUAGGAUCAUGGUUCUCACCAAAUAUGCCAUUGGAUAUACGGAUGAAGAAGGCGCGGAAACAACACCUAAGUGGCAUAUCUAUGUAACUGGACAUAGUUUAGGCGGAGCACUAGCAACCCUUCUCGCUAUUGAACUUUCAUCAAGUCAAAUGGCGAAGAAUGGUAUUAUAUUUGUGACGAUGUACAACUUUGGCUCUCCUAGAGUUGGGAAUAGAAGGUUUGCUGAAGUCUACAAUGCGAAAGUAAAAGAUAGCUGGAGAAUUGUCAAUCACCGAGAUAUCAUUCCAACAGUACCACGUCUUAUGGGCUAUUGCCAUGUGGAAGAACCGGUUUAUCUUAAAUGUGGAGAUCUAAAAGAUGCACUGGUAAACAAGGAAAUUUUGGAUGAUGAAGAUCAGGGUGAUGAGAUAGGCGAGUACACCCCUGACGUGUUUGUUAGUGAAUUUAUGAGAGGAGAGACGCAGCUUGUGGAAAAACUACUCCAGACAGAAAUCAACCUACUCCGCUCAAUCAGGGAUGGUUCAGCUCUUAUGCAGCACAUGGAAGACUUUUACUACGUCACUCUUCUGGAGACUGUGAGAUCAAGGUACCAAGUGGGUGAAAUGCAGAUUAAGAACAACACCAGUUGACCACGUGAUCUUACUAAGAUUGUGUGCUGGAACUUCCCAGACCUGAUUCACUCUGGAAGGGGCAGGAUGUGAGGGCUGAUGGUGUUCAACUUCCUUUGACAGAUAUGUAUUAAUGGAGCAUUUAGAAAUUAGAACCAGAGGAAAUCUGAUCUAGAAGACAAUCUCCAAUCGUCCAUGGCAGGCUUCUUCGGUUCUGCUUCGUCUUCAAAGAUGAGAUCCAAGUGUUGAAGACGUACCUCCUAGAUUCGCUGCCGACGCCAUAAGAUGAAGCAAGGACCUGCAGGCGUAUCCGGCAGUGGCAAUGGAGUUUAAGCGUAUCCACAUCAGCACGAAGCCUAGCAACAGCGCGCAGGCGUAGCGUUUCUAGUUUUAUCCCUCAGCUCUUGCUCUGUUGUUUGUGUUAUUUUGUUGCACAAAUCGUAAGCUGGCAGCCCCAGCAUACUUCCGUUACUUUCGCUCGGUUUAGGCUUUAUUUAAAGCUGAGCACUCGGUGUCUUUUCCUUAAAAAAAGAUAAAGCCGCCGCACCGGUGAAGAAGCUGAAAAAAACUUGUACGGGUGCGACAGUCUCAUCA